CCACCGCCAACGACGGAACAGCCGCCGCCCCCGCCGCGGCCGACUCGGGGUCCGCUCAGGACUCGGGGGUGGCGGAGGAGGAGGACCAGAGCCCAGCCACGGGGCCUGUGAGGUCCGCCUCGGCCUCUUCCCAGCAACCGCGGACGGCGGGGCUCGACCACCUGGACAACCUGUGCAAGCUCAUGGAGCAGCUCGGUGACCUCAAGGAGCAGAAUACGAAGCUGCAGCGACGUGUGCAGUACCUGGAAGACCUGAAGCGGCUGCAGGUGAUGCACAAACAGCUGCGCGGCGAAGAGGCUGACGCCGGCCACGGCCAGGCGUCUGCGAGGGCGGCAGCAGGUGGGGGAGGAGCGUCGUCUGCGGGGGCGGCGGACCCCACGGCUCGCGGCCGCUCGCGCUCCGUGGGAGUACACAUUCCGCAGCCGCCGCAGCAGCAACGGCAGUCUCCGCAGAAGAGCAAGGCCAAGGUCUCCAAGUGGACCAAGGUGAAGGAGGCGUUCCGCUGGGAGCGCGCCGCCUUCGCUGACCACGGCCACCACCACCAGCAGAGCCAGCAGCAGCACAAGAGCUCCGCCGCCCGGCUGGCCGCCGCCGCCGCCGCCACCGCCACGCGCGCCUCCCCCUCUUCCUCCUCCUCCUCGUCGGACGACCUCGACAUCCACAUGCACUUCUCCGAGAUCUUCCCCGAUACUGGUGGUCCCGGGUCCUCGGGCGGCGGCAGCGUCUCAGCUGCAGAGUCCCGCCGGCUGUCGUUCCCGGAGGAGGAGCACGACGAGGAGGCGCGCCGCUCCAGGAGCCUCGACGCCGACGCCAUCACCAGCCAGCUCUCCGGGAAGGAUAUGUCGCCACUCUCGAAGAGCCCUAGCGGUAAGGCCCACCGCACUCCGUGGGGAAAGGUCAAGGACAUCAUCAUCCAGACGCGCAAAGACAGCUUGAAGCGUCGCGGCGCUGGCUCCACCGACGCACACCUCGACUCCGCGUGUGAUGGCGCUAUGGACGGCAACGCGCUGCAGUCGCAAGACGCAGACAGCUCGAAGGCGGGGCAGGCGCCGCGGCUGACGCUGACGCUGGCCUCCAGCGAGGAGCUGCGCUGGCCCGAGCACCAGUCGCCGCCCCCCCGGCCGCCGCCCAAGCCGUCGCCCUCGCCCGUCACCGACCCGGAGGACGACCGCCGCCACAACCAGCAGGGGUCCCCGCCGCCUUGCCGCAGGCACUCUUCCAAGUGGACCAAGGUGAAGAAGGCGUUCCUCACGGCCCGCCAGGAAGAUGCGGGCUCGCCGCCCUACAGCCCCCGAGACCACGCAGCCUUCGAGUACGCCGCACAGACAGGUGACGGAGAGGAGGUGACGAGCGAGAGCCUGCACGCGGAGAUCCAGCGCAGCUACGAGGAGCUGCAGCACAAGCUGAGCCUCGAGUUCCACGAGAAGCUGGCCGAGUGGGAGCGCGCGCGCCUCGCCGUCGCCGCCUCCGCCUCCGGGGCCCCCGAGGCCCCCACCGGCGGGGGCGGCGGGGGCGUGCUGGGGCUGGAGGAGCAGAACCAGCUGGUGGCGCUGGCGCUGCAGCAGCGCGCCGGCGACAAGUGCUUCCGGCGCAAGAUGGACGAGUGGGAGCGGCUGCGCCAGCAGCAGCAGCAGCACCCGCUAUCCGCGGACUUCCGCAAGAAGCUGCACGAGUGGCAGCGCCGCAAGGACGCGGGCCCGGGGGGCGGCAGCCCCAGGUCUGCGCGCAAGGCCAACAAAGAGCUGCUCUGGCUGGAGAAGGAGCUGCACAAGAUCGCCCGCGAGAAGCAGCGCCUCGAGCGCGAGCGCGACAAGUUCCUGCAGAGGGAGGCCAGGCUGGAGAAGAUGCGGAGCGCGAUGCGCGCCGGGCAGGAGGUGCUGGUGCAGACGUCGACGGGCAGCUUCCGGUUCCAGGGCAUCUCGGAAGCGUUCACGCGGCGCCUCUUCGAGUGGGAGCAGGCGCGCGGCAUCGGGCCAGAGGACUCCACGUUCGCGCUGCUCGACCCUCGCUACCGGCCGCGACCGCGACAGCCGGCGGCCAUCGACGAGAACGGUGGCACCGGCCGAGACGGCGAGGGCGCACCGCUGUCGCGCUGCAAGUCGGCGGGCAGCGUGGCAGCGACCGGCAACUUGUCGCUCACCAGGCAGGCGUCCAGCCUCUCCCUCAACGACGCCCAGCUGGAGGCCAGCGCCGCCGCCGCCGCCGCCGCUCCCCCGCUAGAGGAUGGACGGGCAGUGUCGGAGCCGCGCCUGCGCACGGACGCGCUGGAGGACGGUGAGGGCGAGGACGCGGAGGACGGCCCGUCUGCAGUGAUCGUGGACGUGGAGGACGAAGUGGUCGAGACGGCCAGCCCUCUGGCCGCUGCGCCCGCCGUGCUGGGGCACACCCCCAUCUACUGCUACGCGCCCCGCGAGGUCACCAGGCUCAUAGACUCCAGCGGCAGUGAAAGCGAUCGCGACCGCAAGGCCAUAGGCGGCGUGUGCCGGAACGAGUCGGUCCGGACAGAGCGGAGCUACCGGCUGCUCGACGAGAACAUGGACCUGCUGGACAAGCUCAAGAACAAUGAAGACGUCUGCAGGAAACUGGAAGCGGAGAUUGAAGAACUUGAGGCAAAGAUGGAAGAAGCCGCGCGAAAUAGGGAACAGCAGCUGCAGAACCUGGAGAAAGCAAGCGAAGCCCGCCAGGUAGCAAUGCUGAGGGCACGGGUCCGUGAGUUGGAGCGACGGCACGAGCGCCUCAAGCGGCAAGGAGCCACACUACAGGACUCGUUCGCCGCACGGUCGGAGCAGCAGGCAGCGCUGGCCUGCCAUCUGGUGGGCAACAUAAAGCAGCUGCAGGUGCAGGACCCUGGCCUCGAGGACCCUUUGGCGUUCGUCAGGAACCUGUCCACGCAAGUCCUGCAGCUGUCUGAGCAGCUGGCGGCCGCCGUGAGGGAGCGGAGCGGCAGCUCGACCACAGCGACGCGCAGACACCGGCUCGCCAGCGGCCUCACCUGGCUCUCCGCGGACGGCAUCUCGCUCUCUGCUGAUUCCCUCCAGGACGAGUGCCCGGAAGGACGGCAGGACCUCCGGGAGCUACCGGCGCUGCUCACCAGCAAGGUGCUCGAGCUCAAGCGCGGCCUCAGCUUCCUCUGCGGAACAGACAGAUCGGGCGCCGACGCAGUCGAGGAGGCGCGGGCAGCGGUGCUUAGCCGGAGGAACGCGCGCCAGUCUCAGGUACAAGGCGCUGCGAGCAGCGGCUCCGACUCCGACGACGACGACGAUGACGAUGACGAUGACGAAGGCGACGGAAGCGUGCAGCCGGCGCAGCCAGCGGUUGGCGGCGCCCCUGCCGCCUUCUACGAGACGGAGGUCCCUCCGGCGUCCAAGGCGGGCUGCUACCGCCACAAGAAGCUUUUGCGUGCGCGGCGCGUCUCGGACACGCACGUGGGCUAUCGAACCACGGAGUCGCCCUCAGCUGGCCACCAGAGGGACACGGACGACUCCGACAACUCCGCGAAAGAGGAAGACCGGAGGAGUGCGCCGAGAAGGAGCCCGCCUAGGUCGCGGUCCAGACUCGCCGACUCCGAGGGCGGCAGUCCGAGGGCAGGUCGCGUGUACGCGCUCGCCGAGAACGGAGCGGGACGAUACUCGACGUGCGAAGAGGACACCGAGGAGAGCAGGCAGAGCGAGAAAGACGGCGGUCUACCUGAGCUGAGGCACAGAAUCGCGCCUCCAGAGCAACAAGAUGCAUUUAUGGAGGAGCAGGAAGAGGAGGAGGAGCAAGGAGACGAAGAAGAAGCGCCAACGAACGUUUUCGUCAAAACGACUCGGAAGAUCUUUUCCCCAGUGCGACGCGACAGCAAAGGAAAGGCGUCGUCGGUCAUCGGCUUUGUUGUCGGCGCCAGCGUCAACGGCGCCAGAGGCAAUCGUGGCUCGCGACGGGAAUCAUUGGACUCUGGUGGCCGUGAGAAGAAGGAAGAGAGUGUAGGAGCACCGAAUGGAGGUUCUAUGCCCGAAUCGCCAGCGCGAGUGGCGCGCCACACCAGGUCUCAGUCGGCAUCGCCGGCAGUGGUCCGCCGGCCAUCCACGGCGUCCAAAGAAGGCAGCUCGAGUGCCGACACCAGCAGCUCAGGCACCACUUCGUGCGACAGCAAAGCUGUCGUCAGUGGCACCGCUCCCACACCUCCGGAGCGACCGUCCGAGGAUCUGGAGCCCGAAGAGAAUCGCGAUGAUCCACAGGAGGAGGUUACUGAGACUGUAGUGAAACUCGGUAGAACUAAGGCAACAGAACUGGCGGUUGCAGAUCAUAUUCCUCCUCCAACUGGGCUGCCUCCAGUGUCACAUUCUCCCAUGUCUAGCAGGCGCGGUGGAAGCGACCAGCCGAGACCACUGGCGAAGGAGACUGCGCCGAGCAUCCGCAUGAUGAUCGCCAAGUACAACAAGAACCUAGAAGGUGCGUCAGUGGAAACGUCGUGCACUGGAGGUAGCACGGGCAGUGCCGCCCCAAAUGGAACGACGGCGACUGGGGGCUCACCUGUAGCCUGGCGGUCCCCUGCUACCGAACGGAGGGUCCGCCUCCAGAUGGAGAAGUACCAAGAGGAGGUGCGACGGGCGCUUGAGAGCGGCGGUGUACCGAACACGGGCACCGGUCGCCACGUGCAGAAGUCCGCCAGUGUCGGCUUCAUCCCAGCGUCGCCCGUCAGCAGGAGUGCCGGAGGAAGCCCCCGCAAACCGCCUUCUGGUGCAGCUGCGGCCGUCCAGACCAAGGGCAUACUCAAGUCGUCCAGCGCCAGUGCCAUCCAGGCGGACCUCUCGCAGAGCACUCGAGUCUCGCCGCAGGAAAAAGCGAACGAGAGCAGCGUUUUACCUCCGCCAGCACUGUUCGAGGACUCGUCGCCGAGGCCUGAGGGGGGUGCCGCCGUCCAGCCCGUGACGCCGCAACCAGCGAGGGCAGCCUCCCAUAGCGCAUCUGCUUCGCCACUGUCUCUGCUGAGACCGUCAGUAUCGCCUGCUACGUCCAACCCUUCGUCACCGGAGUUGGCGCAAAGGAAGAGCGCGGACGGUGGCGGCAGCGUCGGCAGCAGCCCCCCGCCGUCGCGGCUGCGCGCUCUGCGGCUGAAGCGCGCCAAGGAGGAGUUCCUGACGCGCGGCCCGGCCAGCCGCAGCUGGACCGGCAGCGCCAGCGGCGAGGAGGCGUCGCCGCCGCCGCCGGCGCUCGCGGCCGCCGGCUGCCGACUCAGCCUCGCCGCCAGCGCAGACAGCUCGCCGCUGCGGGCGGCGUCGGCGGCGCGCGCCGCGCACGACGAGGCGCAGCUGCUCGUCAAGUCGGCCAGCGCGGGCGCCAUCUCGCCCACGUCCCAGCAGCCGCCGCACUCGGCCGACCGCGCCGCCUCUGCCUCCGCCGGCGCCGCCUCCGGCAGCAAGGCGUCGCGCUUCGGGCUCGCCAGCAGCAUCGCGUCGCGUUUCCGCAAGGUGAAGAUGCGGCGCACGGGCCGCGGGCACGGUCAGCAGCAGCAGGGCCAGGGGGCGGUGUCGGCGCUCUGCCGACAGAGCCUGCUGGUCGACCUCGGGGGCGACGCAGCCGAGCGCGCCGCUGCCGCAGCCGCCCCCGCCACCAAGAGCUGCCCCUCGUCCCCCGUGCUGCGCCGCCCGCCGCAGCCUCCUCCACCGCGGCCUCCCUCUAGCCCCACCAACGACGACGAAUCCAAGUCCUCCUGUUGGGUGAAAAAGAAAAUUUUUCGGCCGAAGUCGUAACUGUCUACGUUUCCUCCAGUUUCUAAACAGUACUCGAGAACGAGUUCAAAAACUUCCUCUGUGGAUACCUGAUAGCCCCAACAGCGACGGUCCAAAUCUUCCUACUGGGGAAGAAGAAAAUUUUCGGCCAAAGUCAUAAGUGUCGAGGAUUUCUUCAUGUCAUCAGACAACCCAGUUGUCCACAAUGAGAUCAAGAUCUCCCAUUGUUUCUCCUGGAGCCUCCUUCACUGUGGCUACCUGCUAUCAUCUCCAACAACAACAAAUGCAAACUUUCCUGUUGAGUGAAAAAGAAAAUUUUUCGGCCGAAGUCAUACAAGUCUAUGUUUCAUCCAAUUACCAAUCAAGUCAGUGCUCGACAAUCAGUUCAAAAAGUUCAUCUGUGUCCGACACAGCCUCUUAUAGCGUAGCCACCUGCUAGCCUGAAAGGCGACAAGUCCAGAUCCGCCUACUGGGGAACAAGUAACCACACAGCCCGAAAGUCGCCAAGGAGUUCAAGAUCUCGCGCUGUUCUUCUGCAGCCUUCUCGACUGUGGGUGGCUACAUCCACCUCCCACGACGAGAAGUCCAAACUUUCCUGUUGGGUGGGGAAGAAAAUUCUCCAGAGGAAAUCGUAUCUUUCUGUCUAUUCUCCAGUCAUCAAGCAACACAACAGUCGACGAAAAUUUCAAGCAGCCACCUCCAUCAUGGUCACUGCAGGCCUCUCCAACGAUGGCGAAUACAAAUCUCCCACUCGAGCGAAGGAAAAAAAAUCAGCCAACGUCAUAAGUGUCGACGAUUUUCUGCGGCCACUGAUCAACUGAACUGUAACGAGUUAAAGGCUACCUACACUGUAAAGCGUUUCUCUAGCAUAUGGUUUCUUGGAGAUAACAGCCACAAUGAUCACUGACAAGCACGUGAUCUGCCAGUUUUGAAAGAAGAAAGUGUUUAAGUCCAACGUAUAGCUGAUUUACUUUCGCCUCCAACCGUCUAAAGAAACGGAGAUAUUGACUAGCCUCUCCAAUGACGAGGAGUCCAAAUUUUCCUUUUGACUAGAGAACAAAGCUUUUCGGCCGAAUCUACAGGUGUCCACGGUAUUCCGUGCUCACCAAGCAACUCAGUUGUCGACAUCAUGUUCAGCACUGCCCACUAUAUAUAAAGACUCUCUAGAUCCUAGUCUAUGAUUUCCCAGUUCUGUUAGUCAGCUUUAUCACGAACAAGUUUAUCAUCUGUCUUUGGUGAAAGAGUAAGGAUACGAGGUUCAUCUCAUAGCUUUCUCAGUUUUUUCUCAAACCAUUCAAACAGAAUGACAUCCUGACUUCAUGCCAGGUAAAAAAUAACAUUUGAAGGCCUCAUUAUUUUCAGCACUAACUAGAAUUCGUGCUGGCUAAAGAAGAAAACUUCGAAGUCCAAAAUGUAGCCCUUCGAUUUUCUGUUUUUAAGUCAAAGUUAUUGAUAUGUAAAGAGGAAAAUCUUCUUCAUCCUGGACGGAAACUAGUGCGGUUUUCUCGUUCCACCAACAGUAAGAUAUCUGCUAGCGAAGAAAAUGUUGCAGUCUAAUUAUUCCCUUCCUCCAUUAGAACGAAAUGGAGUCAACACCUAGCGCUGUGUAAAGAGGAAGAUAUCUAGACCUAACAUGUAGGCUUGUAAUUAGUAGCCAUAACAUCCUGCUGGGUAAAGAAUCAAAUGUCUUUGGCUACAACGUAAUCACUCGUUUACCUCCAAGAACGCGAGAAAUGAAAAGGGAUCAAAUUUUAAGACUUUGUGUUACGUAAGGAAAAAAAUCCUUAGGUUAGAGGGGCAGCGUUCUAAUUAUUGCUGAUGGUACAUUCAAACAACUUUCCCGAAUUGAGAAAUAAUAUUAGAUCAAAGUAACAACAAGCGACAAAAAUGAAGCUAUCUCUUCUUACCAUAAGGGACGUCUUCUUCAUGGGAUAUACAGUAUCUAAAGCACAAAAUGCAGUACCCAGAAUGCUGUAGCCCGUUGGAGGUUUCUCUGGAAAAUGUUGAACCAUUCCGUUUAUCAAGUUUAUGACUCAGUAGGUGUAACGCGACAACAUUUAUGGCAGUUGGGUCACAUCACCUCGCUGGUGGUGUAGAAUUUGGACACUGAUGAGUUCUUGCUCGGCAUAAAAGAGUUCACAGCUGACCUCUUAUGACGCAUACCAAUGAGCUCAAUCAUUUGUUGUGUCCAAUCGGCUGUGCAUAUCCACUUAGUUGGCGCCAAUGUGAAACACAGUGACAACGCCACGGCUUGCGCUUGCGAGAAAACAGUUGCCUAACUGUUAUGAACGACAGCAUUUAUAUCAGCGUUCGUUGAACACUGAUAACAAAGAUAAAAGGAAUAUAUUAUUUCAGGAGCGUGAUUGGCUGUUAGCGAAAG